UACAAUAAGAUAGCUUUCAUUUCUGUUUUCAUGGCAUUCUGUAUUCGUUACAAUUUCAUCGACAUCCGCACCGCGAACAUGGAGGUACGUCUCAGGUUGGCAGUAGUCGAUGCGCUGGUGGCUUCUUCUGUCGCGAACCACCCACCAUUCAGACAUGCCUACACAGGCUGAUCCCUGUCGAAGUCUCCUGCAAGGACUGUCCAGACCAUGUACAGCGUAAGGCUCUGGCUCUCCGCUCACCUGCAGCCAGCCCGCGCAAUGUGCUUCCGCGCGCAACGUGCUUCCUCCGUCUUACAGCGAAGCGCUGCUGGUUGAUGACCUACGCCCUUUCCCCCCGACGUCCGGUUUCCUCCAAUCUUCGCCGAGUCACUUAGUUCUCAAGGUCGAUCUUGACCUUCUUCUCCGGAGGGGGCGCGACUCUGUCUUCAGCCUCGCCCUUCAGACCAGGCAGUUCCUUGACCGCUUCUGCGAUCAUACCAAGGGCCGUCUCGAUCUCCUUCUCCGUGAUUACAAGAGGUGGAGCUAGGCGGAUGAUGUUCUGGUGAGUGGGCUUGGCCUGGGGAAGAAAGCAACACGGGUCAGUCUCAAAAGAAGCAGGCAGAGUUCCCAGGCAGUAUGUCCGUUUGUCUUGGACUCGUCAAUGAUGAUGGCAUUGAGUAAACCCUUCCCACGCACGGUCUGGAUGAUGGGGCUCUUGAUCGCCUCCAGGCCCGCCCGGAAGACUUUACCUAGCUUCUCGGCUCGCUCAACCAGAUUCUCCUCGCGGACGACUUCCAGGGCCCGGAUGGCCACGGCGCAAGCGAGCGGGUUUCCGCCGUACGUGGAACCGUGCGUUCCCGGCUCGACAGUGAGCAUGACAUCCUUGCGGCCCAACACGCAGGACACCGGAUACAUGCCGCCGGAGAUGGCCUUGCCCAGGAGCACCAAGUCGGGUUUGAUCCCACUCCACUCAUGGCAGAGCAUCUUACCCGUCCGCGCGAUUCCCGUCUGGAUCUCGUCGCAGAUCAACAGGGCAUUGUACUUGUCGCACAGGGCUCGGGCCUCCUUCAGGUAGUCUUCGUCGGGAACAACGAUCCCCGCCUCACCCUGGAUCGGCUCAACCAGGAAGGCAGCCAGGUUGGGACCGGCCUUUUCAAAAGCCUCCCGCAGGGCCUCCUUGCUGUUGUAGGUGAUGGGCUUGUCAGUACCGGGAAUCCAGCAGCCGAUGUUGGGCAGAUACGGGCCAUAGUUCUCGCGCGACUCGGGAUCGCACGACAGGGAAAUGGCCGCGAAGGUGCGUCCGUGGAAGUUGUUUUCGGCACUCAGCACGACGGCCUCGUUCUCCGGGAUGCCCUUGACCUUGUAACCCCACUUCCUGGCGAUCUUGAUUCCUGUUUCGACGGCCUCGGCACCGGUGUUCAUGGGCAGGACCAUGUCGAAACCGAAGAAUUUGGUGACGAAUUCGGCGAACUUGGGGAAGACGUCAUUGUAGAAGGCACGGGAACUGAGUGUCAAGCGGGAGGCCUGGUCGACCAGAGCGGCAACCAGCUUGGGGUGGCAAUGGCCCUGGUUGACGGCGGAGUAUGCGGACAGGAAAUCGAGGUAGUGACGGCCUUCGGGAUCCCAGACAGAGGUACCCUGGGCACGAGCGAAGACAACGGGGAGAGGAUGGUAGUUAUGGGCGGCGAAAUCGUGCUCAGCGUGGAUGGCUUCCUGGGACGAGGAAGAAUGGUAGGGAGAGGGAGUGACCGUGGUCUUUGCCGGAGGGGCAGCAGCAGGAGUCUUGGAGGUAGCGAUGGGCGACAUUUUGAUGGGAGAGACAAGAUUACGGAGUCGGCAGUAUUGGAUGAGAGAGGGAGUAACUGACAGACACACACACACACACAGAGAGAGAGAGAGAGGGAGAGAGGAUGAGAGAGGAUGAGAGAGGAUGAAUUUAUAGAGAAGAAGAGAAAGAUUACGGGGGAGUGGAAGGUAGAGCCGAAGAUAGCCACCGAUGAUGAAGCUUGACUGUUUAAUAAAUUAUCACACCGCAGUAAUGGCUAUUGCGCUGCCGGUGAUAGGACAAUAAUAAUAUCAAUCUUCACGAGUCUUUCAAAUGAACGAAUGCCUCACAUGCAACGGCUCUCUGCUUUAAGAAGAUCCAUCCUCGUCAUGUCGACUUGGCCAUCACCAUCAUCAUCAUCACUAUCAUCAUCAUGCCCCUUUCCUCCCCCCGCAAUGCCCUCCUCUUCCUCGUCGCCUUGCGUCUGCUCAACGCCGCCUGUCUGACGACCUUCUUCCAGCCCGACGAGUUCUACCAGUCGCUCGAACCCGCCUGGCAGCUCGCUUUUGGCAGCGACGCUGGUGCGUGGAUCACCUGGGAAUGGAAGCACCAGCUUCGUUCCUCCCUACAUCCCCUGCUCUUUGCGACUGUCUACUAUGCUGCAAAUGCUGUCGCACAGUCCCUCCGCGUCUCUCCCGCGACGCGUGCUGAUCUCUUGAUCGCCGCUCCCAAAGCGACCCAGGCUGUCGUCGCGGCCUUGGGAGACUUCUUCACAUGGAAACUCGCCCGUCGGAUAUAUGGAUCUCAGAACAAUGCGUCGUGGGCUGCGCUGGCCCUGACAGUUGUCAGUCCGUGGCAGUGGUUUUGCUCUACCAGGACUUUUUCCAACUGUCUGGAAACCACCUUGACCGUUGUCGCUCUAUACGCCUGGCCCUGGCAAUGGUCACUUAUUCCUGGUGCUGGUCGCCAAAACGAGAAAGAUGCACAGCGAACGCGCGGUGAACCCGUGGGUCGAAUUGACAAUAAUAGCCUUCUCAACAGGCUGCGGCUAUCUCUGUCUCUGGCUGCACUGGCCUGUGUGCUGCGUCCGACCAAUAUCCUUAUCUGGACGACCCUGGCUACGUUUGCCCUGCUUCGAAGCGCAUGGAGCAAGCGUGUGGUCCUCUUUCGAGAAGCCUUGGCUUGCGGUUCUGCGAUCCUUGCGUUGACAGCGCUGGCUGAUCGCCUCUUCUAUGGGACCUGGACCUUCCCGCCCCUUAACUUCCUCUAUUUCAAUGUAGCCCAAUCUCUUGCCGUUUUCUAUGGGGUGAACAAUUGGCAUUACUAUAUCUCUCAAGGCUAUCCGCUCCUUCUAACGACCGCGCUACCCUUUGCCGUGGUUGGACUCUACCGUGCCUUGACUCCUACAUCAACCACCGCGGCAGACAGGUUCCAGUCCAGCAUAAAAUAUCAGCUUGCGACUGUCUGUCUUGUUAUGCCUUUUGUCCUCUCUCUGAUCUCCCACAAGGAAGUCCGAUUCCUAUACCCAUUACUGCCUUGUCUGCACGUCUUGACAUCUCCGACGCUAGCCGAUUUCUUUGCAGUCCUCGUUACAUCGUCCCGUGCACGCGUCCCUCGUACACUGACUCUUCUGUUUCUAUUGCUAAUCAAUGCCGUCAUUGCGCUAUACACAUCUGUAUAUCACGAAUCUGGCCCAGUCAGCGUGCUCUCAUACCUAAGAGAUCAGCAUCAGAUCCAUUCCCGUGUCCCCUUGGCCUCCCAUCUCACGGCAGGUAGCGAUGAACACGAAUCAGGAAUCACAGUUGGGUUCCUAAUGCCCUGUCACAGCACCCCGUGGCGCUCUCAUAUGGUCUAUCCAAGCAUCCACGCAUGGGCUUUGACCUGCGAACCACCCAUUAACUUGAACGCUACCCAAAAGGCCUACUAUCUGGAUGAAGCAGAUCAAUUCUACGACAACGUCACCAAUUUCCUCCAGGAUAAUAUGAUGGGCGGGUUAACCGACAUCCCACGCAUCCCAUCAUACUCACGAUCUGCACCCACCCUCCCCUCGGAAGGCAAUGACAAGGGAACAGCCAGGGAAGGAAUGGUGGAAAGAGAAAAGCCAGAACAGGAAGAAGAGAAGAACCCUACCCACCCAUGGCCCGACUACCUCGCUUUCUUCGCUCAGCUCGAACCAACCCUCCAAUCCACUUUACGAGCUUCCUCGUACGCUGAAUGUUGGCGCACCUGGAGCACAGCCUGGCAUCACGAUUGGCGCCGCAAGGGUGACGUGGUAGUCUGGUGUCUGGACCGCUCGGAGCAGCAAUCCUGGCACUCGAGGCAAUGGAAACAAGCUGCCAAGGGACAUGAGACGGAACGGAGUCUGCGCGAGCGACAAUUCGAAAUGCUCAUCGAGGUAAUUAGACGGGAUGCUCUCGCAUCUAGGUAUUCCAGGGAAGGCUCGAGACGACGAAUCUUCAAUUGGCCCUGGCGGUUGCGAAAAAGGGCCAGUUGAUCAGCUCAUCUUUUUGGAUGAUGUUGUUUCAUAUGAUUAAUUCUCCUGUCUGUUUUAUGUAAGAGGAUAAGGAAUUCCGAACCUGACGCCAUUGCAUUAUAUGGGCGUUUUAAGGGCUCGGUAUUCUCUCUUCCCUCCACCUCUCCACUUCUUGCUUCUAUUUGUGUAUUAUGAUACCAUUUCUGCUCCAGUUCUUGUCACAACUUGGGCAUUCUUGCAUAGCAUCCAUAGAUGCCUACAUGAUAUCCACUGCAGAUAGUCACUACUGCAAGCAUGAAUCUUUCCCAAUGUUCUAGGUUUAUGCAGACCGUAGUUGGAUUUUUCUGUCAAUGGCAUUGAGGCGAAUAUAUAUAUCCCUCUCUAAUAUUUCCCAAAAUGUCAA